ACCAAAAACAGAGAGAGAGAGAGAGAGAGAGAGAGAUGGAGAAGGCAGCUCUGGUUCCAUUAACGCUUCUCCUCUCUUUGGCAAUGGCGGCCAUGCCCUUUGUCCACAGCAGCAGUAUUAAUUAUGAACAGAAAGAAGCAAACGCAUGGGCCAGCAAGCUCCGGCACGCGAAGCUCAAGGCGAGCAACCUCCACUUCUACUUCCACGACAUCCUCAGCGGCAAAAACCCCACCGCCGUGACUGUGGUUCAGCCGCCCAGCACCGACAAGUCCGUCACCUCCUUCGGCCUCAUCAACAUUUUCGACGAUCCCCUCACGGUGGGCCCCGAGCCCUCUUCCAAGCUCGUCGGCCGGGCCCAGGGCUUCUACGGCUCAGCCGGAAUCGACCAACUGGGCCUCCUCAUGACCAUGAACCUCUUCUUCACCGACGGCAAGUACAACGGCAGCACCCUCGCCGUUGUCGGCCGCAACGCCGCCAUGACCCCUCUCCGCGAGAUGCCCAUCGUCGGCGGCACCGGCGUUUUCCGGUUCGCGCGCGGUUUCGCCACGGCGAAGACGCAUUACCUGAAUCUGACCACCGGCGACGCCAUCGUGGAAUACAAUGUUAUGGUUUUACACUACUGAUUGAUGGCUGGUUGUGUUCUUUAAUAAUUAAAUCCUAUAUAUUUA